AUGACAAAAGGCUUGCAGAACAAGGAAACGCUCCGAGUUGCACUUCAAAAAAUCCGACAUAUUUCGGGUACAACAAAAACAGGAAAAGCAUUGGAUAAAGCUCUGCAAGUGUUCAAGCACGACGCUAUUUCUGGGGCACGACUGGAUCAGGAAGACGUGGCACAGGUUGCCGUUGUUGUGACUGACGGGCAUUCGCACGACGAUCCGGUUCCGGCUGCACUACGACUCCGACAAUCUGGCGUUCAAAUACUUGCUCUUGGAAUCGGUGCACAUAUCAACAUGGGUGAGCUGCUGGAAAUAACCGGCGAUGAAAAUCUCGCCUUCCAGAAUUUGACAUCACAAGCAUCGCUCGAUCAAUUUGUCCAUCAGUUUAAGAAAAUCGCCGUUGGCGAACACUGCGAUUUCUCCAGAGGUCCACAUGGAGCGGAGAUAAACUGCCACAGCGAUUCGGUAGAAAUCGGUAUUUCGACAGUGAAUCCAUUUCACGGACACCUCUACGUUCCAGGACAAUUUCAUCGUCCGGAAUGCGUUGCUACUGCUCGUAACUCAACUUCAAAAGAAAUUCGACUCUCAAUUGGCCUUACAAGUUGUGGUAUCCAGAAACAGUUCAAGUUAAAUCCAAAAGGAGCACUUUUCGAAACAAGUGUCGUGCUGAAAUUUCAUCCUUUGUACAACACAAAAACGGACAAAGUAUUCAAAGUGCAAUGCUUCUACCCGGAAAAAGCACCAAAACUACCCAAGCAAUUCCAGGAUAAUCGCAUAGCUAUCAGCGAAAGUAAUGAGCUGCAAAUGCCGUGCUCUUACAAAUUAAUAUCAAAUUCGAAAACAACGGAUCAGUGUAAAUUGGGCGAUGUGCGGAUUGGCGACCAAAUUGUUCAUUCCUGGGAAUGUGAAAAAGAUUCGUUUGACACUUAUCAGUCGAUGCUUGUUCAUAGCUGUGUCCUGAUCGAUCCCAGUAAUGGAUUCAACAAAACAGUCAUUGAUUCUUCUGGAUGUGCAAUUGAUGGUUCGGUGAUGGAUUCGCCAGACUACGUGGAGCCGCUGGUGGCAUUCGCAAUCGGUAAAGCAGUCAAAUUUCCAGAUACUUCACUGAUCCAAAUGCAGUGUCAGCUGCGUUUUUGCGAUCGGUUGCUUGGCGAAUGCGACACUAUCCUGCCACCACGAUGCCGAAGAAAUCGACGCGCCGCAGAGCAAAGUGAUGAAAUUUAUAAUGCAUCACUGAGAGAUCCAAGUCGUUCCUGGGAUUUCGCGGAUACCGAUGACGAUGAUAAU